AUGUCAGAACCAUCAUUUCCCGGCCGCGUUCUCAUCAAGGUCUUCAAGGGAGUAAACAAGGUUGUGGCUUGGCACAAACUUCCCUCCUUUAUCGGCGUCUUCAACCUCCUUGCUUUCCGGCUCGAGCUCCAAAGAGACAAUCUCCAUGAUGUAUUACCCAAUGUCGAUUCCCAAGGCACCACCGCCUCUUGUCCCAUGAAAGAUCCUCGGUAUCUCGUGACGCGAAACUCCGAUGGACUAUUCAAUAAACUCGAUGAGCCACUAAUGGGUUGCACAGGCAUGAGAUUUGGGCGUAAUGUAACCAGAGAGCAUACAAAGAAACCGACCCCGGAGGAACUGUUGACUCCGAAUCCGAGGGUUGUGAGUGAGCAGUUGUUGAAGAGGACAGUAUUUAAGCCAGCGACGAUUGUGAAUUUACUCGCGGCUGCCUGGAUACAGUUCCAACUUCACGACUGGGUUAUGCAUGAGGACUAUGAUCCUGGAACCGAAGAUAUCGAGAUCCCACUCCUCCCAGGCGACACCUGGCCCUCUGGGCACAUGAAAAUCCCACGCACGAAGCCUGAUGCCCCGCUCUCGAAACUCGACGAGUCUUGUCCUGCAUACAAGAACAUCAACACAGCAUGGUGGGAUGCUUCACAAAUGUACGGGUCGGAUGAAGCAACGACCAUGACGCUUCGCCAGGGGGCCGAGUUCGGAAAGCUGAAGAUGAGGAAGGAGGGACAUACGGAGUAUCUCCCACGAGAUGAGAACAACUUGCCCAAGACUGGAUUCAAUACGAAUUGGUGGUUGGGAUUGGAAUUGCUGCAUACGCUGUUUGCGCUGGAGCACAACGUGAUUUGUGAUAUGUUGCAUGAGAAGCAUCCUGAUUUCAGCAGUGAUCAAUUGUUCGAUACAGCGAGAAUCAUAAAUUGUGCCUUGAUGGCCAAGAUCCACACUGUGGAGUGGACUCCCGCGAUCUUGGACCACCCAACGAUCGACACAGCUUUACAUGCAAACUGGUGGGGAUUCCUGGGAGAGAAACUCGACAAGCUUCUUGGGCAUAUCUCAAAGAACGAGUAUAUAUGUGGAAUUCCAGGGUCAGGAGUAGACCAGAACAACGUUCCCUACUCCCUCACAGAAGAAUUCGUCUCUGUUUAUCGUCUGCAUCCACUCAUCCCAGACAAUGUCGCCUUCUUCGACACCAAAACAGGCUCCCACACCAAAACAACACCCAUCAAAGACCUCGCCUUCUCAGAUGCUCAGAAUGCGAUCGACGAAACAACCACCUUCGGAGACGCCUUCUACAGUUUUGGCAUUAACUAUCCGGGUGCCAUAACCCACAAUAACCACCCGGACUUCCUGCGCCAAGUCACUACUCCUGACAAACAAACACGGGACAUCGCAACUGUGGACAUCCUUAGAGACCGCGAGCGUGGUGUCCCAAGAUAUUGCGAGUUCCGCCGGCUCUUCCACAUGAAAUCCCCAGCGACCUUCCUCGAACUGACAGGCGGGAAUAAAGAGCUCGCGGACAAAAUUAGUAGUAUUUACGCUGGCGAUCUCGAGAAGGUUGACUUGCUAGUGGGCAUGUUUUCCGAACCACUGCCAAAGGGUUUCGGAUUCAGCGAUACGGCGUUCAGGGUCUUUAUCCUGAUGGCUAGUCGGAGGAUUAAGAGUGAUCGGUUCUUAGCUGGCGAUGCGUGGGGCGAGCAUGCAUAUACGAAGGAGGGGUUGAAGUGGGUGCAGAACGAGACGAUGGGCAGUAUAUUAAUGAGGCACUUUCCUGAGUUGAAGCCGGCGUUGAAGGGGAAGGACAAUGCGUUUCGGCCGUGGGUGAAGGUGGGAAAGGCUGCGGAGUAUAAAGGGGUAGAGACCACCGCGUGA